AUGACGAUCCCAAUGACGGAUGAAACAAGAUAUGUUAUUGAUGACAACAUGCCUGCGCAGGUUCAAUCUAAAGUCAAAACGAUCGAUACUGUCCUCAGUACUCAAUCAUCACUAAAAGAACUUUCUAUUGAAGAUGAUCAAAUGCAAGAAGAUUUGAAGAAUUUAACAAAGUUUAAACGUGUUCUAAAUCUUUUAAAACAAGAGGAAGAAAAGUUUUCAAAAACGAAUGGCGUUAGAACUUUAGCCAAACAAGUGUUAGAAAUCAGAGAAACAAUUGAGAAGGUCGAAGAAAAAAUCCAAAAGUUAAUAAACAGGAUAAAGACAAAGAAGGCUGAGAAAAUUACUGGCAUCUUACAUGCUCAAGUCGAUGGUACUGGAACUCAUAACUUGUUCGAUAAGCUGAGUAACAUUGGAAACGUUCCUAUCUUUUCAAACAACUUUCAGCAAUACAUUAAAAAAUAUGAAUUCGAUGAUGUUUUUGAUAAGGAUAAUCGAAACACUGAUCCUCGUGAAAAUGAAAUCUUAUGUGAGAUUAUCAAAGAAGGACGUACUGAAAGCUUAGAUGUUGCAAAAUACUCGAAAGAAGCAAUUGUGGGAACCUUACAUGAAUCCUCGAUAAAUCCAGUUAAACAACGUUUAUACGAUCAUAAAAUUGAUCAGAACAUGAGAUACGAGAAAUUCUUGAUUAGCACUGUUAUUGAGACAGUGAGGAAUGCUACUAAAGAGUUUAAAAAAUUAAGUAUUGAUACUUCUAUUGAGAACAAACAGAGGAACCAAGCUCUAAUUGAUUUGGAAACAUAUGAAAUAUUUUUAAACAAGUUAACCACUAAGAAGAAUAAAAUUACAAAUGAGGCUAAACAGGAUGAUGAUAUUUCAAAUCUCGAUCAGUUAAUGGAACUCGAUGAAAAAAUUGAAAAAACUAGUAAUAUAAUUCUUAGGUUACAAAAAAGUUUAGAAUCAAUUGAUUCCUAUAAAGAUGUUAAGAGGUUACAUGAAAGAAAUGAUUCCACCGGUAAAUAUUACUUAUUCGAUACACUUACCUCAAAAAAUAGGAAAUUUUACCCUAAGGAUUGGGUAUUUAAGCAUAAGAUGACUAAAAUUGGAAAUAUUCCUGUCUUUUUGAACAACUUUCAGCAAUUCAUUGAAAAGUAUCAAUUCGAUAAUAUUUUUGAUCCACAAAUUCAAAACAUCGAUCCUCGUGAAAAUGAAAUCUUAUGUGAGGUUAUCAAAGAAGGUUUCAAUGAAAGUCCUGCCAUAAUGAACAUCAAUACAGGUGACAUCUUUAGAAUCAUUCGUGAUUUAAAGAAGAAAUACGCAAGCCUUUUCGGUAGAGAUAUAAGACAAAAGGCUUGGGAAAAGGUGUUGGUGGAUACAACUUGUAAGGAUACUGAUUUGUUAAUGAAUGAACUUCAAAAGUUAGUAUUAAUGGAAAAAUGGACCCUGUCACAAUGUUGUCAAAAUUGUCCAAAUCUUACACACAUUUUAAAAGAGGCAAUUCUUGGAACCUUACAUGAAUCUUUGAGAAAUCCGGUUAAACAACGUUUACACAUUUACUCAAUUGAUGAAAAUGAGAGAAUUGAAGAAAUUCUAAUCAAUAUCGUAAUUGAAACAGUAAUGGACUUGAGUUCAACUGACUCUAAUUAUUCGGAAAGAAAUUGUAAGUACUGUAAAUCGGAAUUACACAGCUCGGUAAACUGUAGAAAGAAAUUAAACAAAAACUUAGGCCUACCACGUCCAGCUACUCAAAAGGUAAAUAUUCGCAAGGUUCAACCCAAAAAAAAUACACUAAAACUGGCACAAAACUAG